GUUUCCUAGUUGCUUUUCUUAUACUCGAGUAGGAUCUUUCUUGCCGCGAGUGACUGUAAAUGGCGGACGAUACGCAGGAUAAGACGGAAGGUAGACAAAUCGAGAAGGGAUCCACGAAACGCGGGGACCACUCGAAGAAUCCUGUGAUUUCUGACAGAAUUUGCAAAGAAGUCAUCCUACGAGACAAGAAAUUUCGACGCGAUUGGCCCAGAAAGUAUGGACACCUGACCAAUGAAUUUUUCAAACGGGUGCUAGCCGAGGAAUGCAGAAAGAAGGGACUUCCGGCGGACAGCUUCGAACGUAAGCCACCGGAAGAUGCGAUUAAGCGUUCACCGAUUCCUCUGAAACCGUCACCGUCCAUUCCCAGAACGACAUCCGGGAUGGUGGGCUUUCGAUCAUCUCAUCCGGAAUACAAUCUUGAGUUUACGGGCCGUUGGUACAUAUCACCGAAAUGGACGAUCGAACCACCCAUAGAACCCGGUGAAUUUCGCGUCACGCAGCAAAGGUUCAUCUUUCUAGGUUGAACAAGAUUUAUGGGACUAGUACAAAGUAAUGUAUACAUGAGCCGAACGUUGUGAAAGUAGAACGAGUAUAAUUGGUUCGUUGUACGCUUCAAAUAAUCUUCAUACUUCAUUUCAAAGAUGUACUCACGCUAUUUUCACAACGAGCUUCCUGUUAUACACAUAUACGUAUCUUUUUUGUAUACAAUGCAUCAUACAUUGUAACGAUUGUAUUGAAAAAUAAGUAUCGUCAUCUCGUGUAAUUAUAAACAGUGUAUCGUGAAUAUUCGUGACAGAGUGUUUUUCGAAAUAUAUGAUUCAAGUAUCA